AUGACCGACCAGAAGAAGGAUCUUCCCAAGAUCCGCGAUGAGGAGCGCGAACGCCGAUUUGGUACCGUCUUUGGUGUCUCCGGUCCCGUCGUCGUUGCCGAAAACAUGAUCGGUUCGAGCAUGUACGAGCUCGUCCGUGUCGGUCACGACGAGCUGGUCGGAGAGAUCAUCCGAAUCGACGCCGAUAAGGUCACCAUCCAGGUCUACGAAGAGACUUCCGGUGUCUCUGUCGGUGAUCCUGUGCUCAGCACCGGUAAGCCUCUCUCCGUCGAGCUCGGUCCCGGUCUCAUGGAGAACAUCUACGACGGUAUCCAGCGUCCUCUCGAAGGCAUCAUGAAGAAGAGCGGUGGUAUCUACAUUCCUAGAGGUAUCAACACCCAGGCUCUCGACCGUCAGCUCUCGUGGGACUUUACUCCCGGUCAGCUUAAGACGGGCGACCACAUCAGCGGAGGUGACAUCUUCGGUUCGGUCUACGAAAACGCGCUGCUCAAGGACCACAAGCUCAUGCUCGGACCCCGUGCUAUGGGUACCAUCACCCACAUUGCCGAGAAGGGAUCGUACUCGGUCGACGACGUCGUUCUCGAGACCGAGUUCCAGGGCAAGAAGCAGAAACACACCAUGCUGCAGAUCUGGCCCGUACGAGCUCCGCGUCCCGUCGCCGAAAAACUCACCGCCAAUAACCCGCUUCUCACCGGUCAACGUAUCCUCGACUCGCUCUUCCCUUGCAUCCAGGGUGGUACCACGGCCAUCCCGGGCGCUUUCGGAUGCGGAAAGACCGUUAUUUCUCAGGCGCUCUCCAAAUAUUCCAACUCGGACAUCAUCACCUACGUUGGUUGUGGCGAGCGUGGAAACGAGAUGGCCGAAGUGUUGGCCGAGUUCCCAGAGCUUACGCUCAUGAAAGAUGACGAGGAGUUCCCGAUUAUGAAGCGUACGACUUUGGUGGCCAAUACGAGUAACAUGCCAGUGGCGGCGCGCGAGGCGUCAAUCUACACGGGUAUCACGCUUUCCGAGUAUUUCCGAGACCAAGGCUACAACGUUGCCAUGAUGGCCGAUUCGACUUCGCGAUGGGCCGAGGCGCUUCGAGAGAUCUCAGGUCGUUUGGCUGAGAUGCCGGCCGAUUCGGGUUACCCUGCCUACCUGGGAGCCAAGCUGGCGAGUUUCUACGAGCGUGCUGGUAAGGUCGCCUGUCUCGGUUCGCCGGAGCGUGAAGGUUCGGUCUCGAUCGUUGGAGCUGUCUCUCCACCUGGUGGAGAUUUCUCGGACCCGGUCACCUCUGCCACCCUGGGUAUCGUGGGCGCCUUCUGGGGUUUGGACAAGAAGUUGGCGCAGCGCAAGCAUUUCCCUUCGGUCAACUGGGAUGUGUCGUACUCGAACUACAUCAACGCGCUCGAGCCGUACUACGAGAAGAACCGCCCAGGCUUCAUUGCGCUGCGAACCACCGCCAAGAGCAUGCUUCAGAAGGAUUCGGAUCUUGCCGAGAUCGUGCAGCUGGUUGGUAAGUCGGCGCUCGGUGAGGGCGACAAGGUGACGUUGGAUGUGGCCAAGAUCAUGAAGGACGACUACCUGCAGCAGAACGGUAUCUCGGAGUACGACGCCUACUGCCCCUUCUACAAGACGUCGGGCAUGCUCAAGAACAUGGUCGACUUCCACAACCAGGCGCAGGCUGCCAUCGCCAACAACCCGGACAUGACCUGGGCCAAGGUCAAGGAGCACUGCUCGGACGUCAUCUACCAGCUUACGCAGAUGAAGUUCGAGAGCCCCAAGGACGGAGAGGAGACCAUCACCAAGAAGUUCGACAAGCUCAACCAGGAUAUCACCGAGGCCUUCCGCACUCUCACCGAUUGA